AUGCUGCUCGAACGCCUGCAGCAGAUGACCUCGCACCUUACCGGGCAGACCGUCCACGCUCAUCCGCUCGAUCCAUUGUCCACCGACGAGAUCGCGAAAGCUGUUGCUGUUGUCAAGAGAGAAUACCCACAGGUCCACUUCAAUGCUGUGACAUUAUGGGAGCCGCGGAAGGCGGAUAUGCAGAAAUGGCUGGCCUCGCCAGAGACUGUGCCACGGCCGCAUCGUGUCGCAGAUGUAGUAGCCAUCGGGAGUGGCAGCAAGGUCUUCGACGGCUUGGUGGACCUGAAUGAGGGCAGAAUCAUCAAGUGGGAGCUCACGGAGGGUGUCCAGCCACUGAUCACAAUGGAAGAUCUGAAAAUCGUCGAGAGCGUGGUCAGGAAGGACCCAAAAGUGAUUGAACAAUGCGGGAUACUGGGCAUACCACCUGAGGACAUGUACAAGGUGUAUUGCGAUCCUUGGACGAUUGGAUAUGACGAACGAUUUGGAUCCGGUGUUCGAUUGCAGCAGGCGUUGAUGUACUACCGACCUCAUGUGGAUGACAGCCAGUAUACAUACCCCCUGGACUUCUGCCCCAUCUACAACUCAGACAAGCGCGAAAUCGUCCACAUUGACGUACCGAAGGUCCGACGACCGUUGAACAAAGCACCGCCGAUUAACUACCACGCAGAGGCAAUUGCGAAAGAGACGGGGUUCAGGAAAGAUCUCAAGCCCAUCAACAUCACACAACCAGAAGGUGUCUCUUUCACGGUCGACGGCAGGACAUUGAAGUGGCAGAAUUGGAACGUCCACGUCGGCUUCAACUAUCGUGAAGGCAUCGUCUUGUCAAAUAUCACCUUCAACGACAAGGGCAACGUUCGACCAGUCUUCUGGCGAAUGUCACUGGCAGAGAUGGUUGUGCCAUACGGGAACCCGGAACACCCACAUCAACGCAAGCACGCCUUCGAUCUUGGCGAGUAUGGCGGAGGCUAUAUGACGAACUCUUUGUCCCUCGGCUGUGAUUGCAAAGGAGCGAUUCACUACAUGGACGCUGACUUUGUGAAUUGUGCUGGCGAGAAUCAGACUAUCAAGAACCCCAUCUGUAUCCACGAGGAAGAUGCUGGUAUCUUGUUCAAGCACACUGACUUCCGAGACGACUCUACGACAGUGACUCGUGCUCGUAAGCUCGUCAUCAGCCACAUCUUUACCGCAGCCAACUACGAGUACUGCGUGUACUGGAUCUUCCUGCAGGACGGCACGAUUCAGCUUGAGAUUAAGCUUACGGGGAUCCUGAACACAUACGCACUGGCACCUGGGGAAGAUGCGGCUCCAUGGGGAACGGAGGUGUAUCCGGGCGUCAAUGCACACAAUCACCAGCAUCUCUUUUGCCUACGUGUCGAUCCGAACAUCGAUGGUUCCGAAAACACGGUCUUCCAAGUUGAUGCAGUGCGAGGGGACGGCGAAGUGGGCAGUCCGGAGAAUCCAUAUGGCAACGCUUUCUACGCCAAGAAGACCAAACUCGAUACCAUGAAGACCGGCAUCAGCGAUUAUGAUGGCUCGACCAGUCGCACCUGGGAGAUGGCUAACACAAAUAAGCUCAAUCCGUACAGCAAAAAGCCCGUAUCGUACAAGCUAGUGAGCAGGGAAGUGCCGUCCCUUCUGCCCAAGGACGGCGGUCUGGUCUGGAAACGUGCCGGGUUCGCACGCCAUGCAGUCCAUGUUACCAAGUACUCCGACGAUCAAAUCCACCCUGCAGGUCGCCACGUGCCCCAGACGUCUGGCGAACCGUCUCAAGGCAUUCCAGCAUGGAUCGAAGCAGAUCCCGACGGAAGUCUUGACAACACAGACGUGGUGCUAUGGCACACAUUUGGCUUGACGCACUUUCCAACCCCAGAGGACUACCCUGUCAUGCCAGCAGAGCCAAUGACAGUGCUGUUGAGGCCCAGGAACUUCUUCACCAGUAACCCAUGCAUGGACGUGCCGCCGUCAUACUCAAGCACACCAAGCUCAGUAGCUGCUGGUAAGACUGGCGUGCGCGGUAUUGUUGACAGUCUCAGCAGGAUGGCUUUCGGCGGCAAGCAGGAGAAGAGUGGUAGUAACGAUCGUGGUUGUAGCUAA